AUGCGGAUGAUAUUGGCAAUAAGUGCAUGUGAUAUGCAUCGAAAUGGGUUGAUUACGCGCUCUCGGGAUCAUGGUCGGUACCAUUACAGCCAAGCCGUCAAAGAAUUCAGGCAACUGCUUGAGACGCCGCGCCAGGUUUCAUUGGAUGAUGUUGAGACAGUUUUCGCCACUGUGUUUUUGAUGAUCGCGUGGGAGUGGCAGUUUGGACACUCGCUUCAACUCCACCUCCAGGGCGUACGCUCGCUUCUGGAAACACACCCACAACUAUUCCGCAUUAAAGAUGUGAAUGAUAUGUUCUUGUCUCCCGGAAUUAGUACAUUGGCCAAUGAUACCGUGGCUGUGGCCAAGGUCUCCUUCAUUCCUGAGCAGCUUUUGUUGUGGAUUUUAUACAUCGAUGCUAGUUGUCGUCCCAUUGGUCUUACCGAGUCACUUAAUGAUUAUGUGGCCCAGUCCGGGAAUCCCGCUUUGCAGCCGGACCAUCUUUAUCGCUGUGCUCGUCUCUGGGGCCGAUGCUUUUGGGGCGAGCAGUACCCCGACGAAGAAGUUAUGGACGACAUUGAGAACUAUAGAGCUCUCGAGCUAUUACAUGCUGGGUUUUGCCUACGCCAUCGAACUUGGAAGGUCCUCGUGGAAUCCGCGGCUGGUACCACCGGCUCCGCCGAACCUCUUUUCCGUGAGAUCCUCAGUAUUAGAGAAAAAUUCUCCGACCUUUUUAUUACCUCUAGAUUUGCUGGUAAUGUCUCGGCUCGACGUACUCUCAAUACCAUAUACAUGGCCGUUUCUACCUUCUACGCCCAGGUACUUCUCCACCGCCGCCUUCUCUGCGUCGAUGCUUUACCUAUGGGCAUCCACCAACAAGCUACAGCAGGAAUCAUUGAUAUUUCUCAAAAGCAAUUUUUGUCUGAUCCAAAGCUCCUUAAACGUUUACACUUGCCGCUAUUGAUGGCAGUGAUUGAAACCAACGAUGUAACACAUCAGAGCUGGCUGCGUCAACGUCUAUGGGAAUUGCGCGACUUUCACUCCGAGUUUGUUUGGGCGCAUGAUGUGGCCGAGCAGAUUCUGGCCCAGCAAGAUGUGGGCCAGAGACGAUAUGUUAACCUGGCCGAAUUUUUACUAAAGCGUUUUCAUGCGCCAUGA